AUGAUGCUGGCGCGGGCGCCCACUGCUCUGCUGCCGCUCGGUCUGGCAGCCGACGGCCCCAGCCGGGCUGCUCAUGGAUUUUUGUCCACGCCGUGGACUGCCUGCCGCCGGCGCUGGAUUUGGAGGCCUGCUCCCGUUACUCAAACCCUAACCCCUAAGCGCCGGGGCGGCGAUGGAGGAGCGGAUGCCGCUAAAGCGUUCAUGGUCGGCAGCGAGGACUUCUUCUCGUCUCUGGCCGCGCUGGGCGGCCUUGCUCCUCCACACCAAGUGCCGCCCUUGAGACGGACAGACGCCAUGACUCCUCGGGUCACCACUCAGCUCCUCCACGCCUCCAUACAGGAGUCCAGGAUUCCGCAGUCUCCAUUCAAGAACUCAUCUGCUGCUCCAUCGAGAAACACGCGAGCAGUGGAGGUCCGGCGGAAGGCAGGUGACACUGGAUCUGGAGAAGACAGGAUCCACGCUGGAGGUGAAGGGCCCGACCUAUGGGUAGGGGUUAAUUCUUGGGAUGCUUCGGUAAAGAAAGAAUUUACAUUAAGGGCAGCCUACCUUUGGUCUGUACAUGACUUCAUGGCAUAUGGUGACUUUGCUGGAUGGAGCACACAUGGUAGAUUGUCAUGCCCAUAUGGAUAUGGGUGCAAAGGUUUUACACUACGUAAUGGUCAUAAGGCUUGCUGGUUUGAUUGCCACAGGAAGUUCCUGCCUGUUGAUCAUGAAUUUAGACAACAAGCAAAUGCAUUCCGUAAGAACACUAGGGUUUCUGAGGAGCCUCCUAGUAUCUUAACAGGAGAGGAAAUGCAACACCAUUUGGAUAGAUUUGUAGCUACAUGUGACCUUGAAAUUUUUAAAUGCUCGGGUCGAUGCAUUAGUCCAAGGGGUAUCCGUGACCUCUCAAAUGAGGAAUACAAGGUUGCUUUCCUGUACAUAUUAACAAACAUGCCUGAGAUGGAAGAUUUCUUCAUACAAUUUGAGAAGGAGCAGUGGAAGAGCCGUCUUCCUCCCACAGAACAGCAACUUCGUGAUUUAAGGUUAAAUGGUUGGAAACAUGGCCAUGGCAUGGAAUCGGGGCCAAAUUUUUUUGAAUGGUUCAAAAGAAAAUGCCAAAAAUCAGCUAGCAUUCACAAUGUGCUGUGCCAAAUGUCUUAUGGUUUCCGCACUCAAGUUACCUCAUAUGGGUGUUAUGAUAUCAAUGGAUAUAGAUUUCGCUCUGAGAAAUAUGAGAAAGGAAGACCAGGGCUAACAACCAUUAAUACUGGUGUUUGUGUUACUUCAUAUGAUGAAUCUGAUAACGCUCUUGAGUAUUAUGGUGUCAUAGAAGAUAUCAUAAAGAUAAAAUGGGAGGGUAGUAUUAAACUAGAGUUGGUUUUGUUUUAUUGCCGCUGGUUUGAUCCAACACCUAAUGGAUUGAGGCGCACAGAAGACCUAGGGUUGGUAGAGAUCAAGCAUGCAGCAAGAUUAAAAAGUUUUGACCCAUUUGUGAUGGCUAGUCAAGUUACUCAAGUUUACUAUCUGUCAUACCCAUGCAAGAAGAAGGAGUUGUUACCAUGGUGGGUUGUGUAUCAGGUUGCUCCACAUGGAUGUGUACCCCGAAAUACCAAUAAUACCGAGUCAAUGAGUUAUGAAGAGACAAUACAUGAUGUCUAUCAAGAGGAAGGAUUGGAUGGUACCUUUGUUAUUGAUUUGGGGGAUGCAUUGGACACCAUAAUCUCAUUGGGCUCUGACGAGAUAACUGACCCAAAAGACUUGGAAACAAUAGAGAAGGCUGCUGUUCAAGAUGAAGGAUAUGAUGAAGAAGAUAUUGAGGAAGAGUAUGAAAGCACAGAAGAAGAGGAGGAACCAAUGGAUGAAGAGGCUGAGGAGACUUAUGAUCCAAAUGAUUUCUGA